CGGUCCCAGCCACGCCGGGUACGACUGGCCGACGUCCAGAGCUGCUGACCGGGCGGUGGAUGUCAAGUGAUUGCGCGUGGCCAGCAGGUGCACACCAAGAUAGCCGAAGUCACCAGUCGGCUGACGUCCAGGAAAUAUCCUGGUCCAAUGUCAGGGAGUUUCCUGGUCCGAAGACAAGAAGUCUGCUGGUCCAAUGUCAGCAAGUUUCGUGGUCUGAAGUCAGGAAGUCUCCUGGCCCAGGGUCAGGAAGUCUCUUGGUCCGAAGUCAGGAAGUCUCCUAGUCCGAAGUCAGGGAGCCUCCUGGUCCGAAGUUGGUGAAGUCGGCUCUGAUAGGCAGCACGUGACCGCGGCCGCCAGCGAUGCUGGCAGCGGACGGAAGGGCUCGCUGGCUGGCCGCGUGGGCCCUGGCUCUGCUGUCCACGGUCGGCACGUGUAGGCUGACCCCGCUAUGUCACGCGGCGUGCUGCAUUUUUACACCAGACUGCAGGAACGCCGUAUCUAUGCUCUGCAACUGCUCCAUAAUCCUGCAGAUUACACGAGAGAGUAUUCCGGCGUCUGUGCGGCAUGUCAAGAUAUGGAACUCAUCAUACGUCAGCGUGGCUUCCGACGCGGUAUAUAACACACCGCUCCUGAGGACACUUGAGUUCAUGAGCUUAGCAGAGUUGCACAUACAUUCCAAUGGACUCAGAUUGCAAAAGCACGCCGCCAUGCGUGUUCUGCGAGUUGGAUCCGUGAAUACUCUCGUCAUAAAUAGCUCAGCUCUAUCCGGCGAUUGGCACCACGAAACAAGCGUCUCGCUACAGAGAAUUGAAGAACUCCAGCUGCGUCCAGAAGCGUUCAACUUCACGUCGAUCUCCGGUGGGCCGCGCGUACUGCUGGGCAACGUCCAGGCACUGAUGACGGAGGAGGAAUCGUUCGCAGCGGCGAUUGGCCGCCUGUCCGUGGUGAAUGUCGGUAUGGAGUCAUGUCCAAGCAGAUGCUUUAGUGGCAGCAUCUCCCACUUGGAGCUGAUUGGCGUACAUAUCACAAAUGCGAGGGCACACUGUGUGGAUGGUCGGGACGGCUGGGGAACGCUGUCUAUCCGCGCGUCUCAGCUUACCAGCAUUCAAUCGUUGGCCUUCCAUGGAAACUUUCGAGAGGUGGUCAUCGAUAACGCUAAGGUCGGAGCCGUUCAGAAGUUCGGGCUCGAUCUAAGACUUACGCGCCUGCUGGUGAAAGCCUCCAGCUUCCAGGACUUGGCCAGCAGGGGACUGGAAGUGGUAGCGAAAGAUUCGAUCGUGCUGGACAGAGUGUCGGUCAGCAUCCUUCGGCGGCAUGCUUUCCGAGGUCUGCACGUGUCACGGGCAGAAGUGAGCAGAUACGUCACGGGGACGCUGAUCGUCCGCAGCCUUCAUAUCGACAAAGCGAAAGACGGAUCACUAGCCUUCGAGGAGGGCGUGCGGGUCUGCAUCGACCGCCUUAACGUCAGCUUGUCCCUGGUGUGUCCGGCGGCGAAGUGGGCGCGUCAGCUGACAGGCGCGUCUGAGCCGCUCAGCCAAGCGCAGCGUCAGGUGCUCCGGCAGCUCCAGAGCAGAUGCCCCCCCAGCGCCGAGGCGCCUCUCCCGGCCGCCAGCAGCGAUUCUCCCUGCUCCGAUGCCACCGGCAGGCCCGGACGAGAGGGCCACCAGCACCGGCUGGCGCUCUACUGCGGGCUCGGAGUCCUGGUGGUGCUGGCUGUGGCGGUGCUGUCGGUGACGCUGGCACUCUGGCAGCGGAGGGCCCGUGCUGCGCAGCUGCCGCCUGAGCUGCGUCUGUCGUCAGCAGAGCGCUGCUGGGGUCGGCGAAUCGGCCGCGGGAGCGACAGACCGGAGGCGGCCGCUGGUGGCUCCAGGAGCCCAGCGAUCGACGCCGCCGCCGACGCCGAGCUCAGAACGAGUCGUCUCCUCUCAUCCACGGAGCGCGAGAGUGAGACCCCCCGCAUGAGCGAUGGGCGCCAGACGGGCCCCUCACAAAUCACGUCAGAUUCCAUUAGAAACACGGCGUCGGACGACGGGAUGUACGAGGUAGUGGGCGGGGUGCACUUCCCUCCGCCGCCUGCUGGGCCAGCGGCCAAUGGGGCCGGGCGCUGGACCUCGUCGCCAGAAGAUCCCGGAGCCGCACCGCCUCCGUCAACGGUCAUCGAAGGGCUACUGCCUGGCAUGGAGCUGGUUGACAACGAGCUGUACGUCACGACCGGGAAGGCAGCUCCUUAGGACUAUCGUGGCCGCCCAACCGAGGCCAGCGGAAGCGGGAACUGGCCAGUGCGGACUGCCAUGGAACGCGGGAACUGGCCAGUGCGGACUGUCAUGGGACGCGAAAACUGUCCAGUCGGACUGUCAAGGGACAGGCGAACUGGCCAGUGUGGACUGUCAAGGGACAGGAGAACUGUCCAGUCGGACUGUCAAGGGACAGGAGAACUGUCCAGUCGGACUGUCAAGGGACAGGAGAACUGGCCAGUGUGGACUGUCAAGGGACAGGAGAACUGACCAGUGUGGACUGUCAAGGGACAGGAGAACUGUCCAGUCGGACUGUCAAGGGACAGGAGAACUGACCAGUGUGGACUGUCAAGGGACAGGAGAACUGGCCAGUGUGGACUGUCAAGGGACAGGAGAACUGGCCAGUGUGGACUGUCAAGGGACAGGAGAACUGGCCAGUGUGGACUGUCAAGAGACAAGAGAACUGGUCGGUGCGGACCGAAAAGAAACCUGAGCAUUGGCCAAUGCUCAAUGAAACGGGACGUCAAAGCUGGCUGGGUGCAGACCGGCAAAGGAUGAGAGAACUAAAUUGCCUGGCAGCGGUCUCGGUAACUGCUCUGUACAGAAUUACAAGAUACGCGAAAGUUGGUCGGUGCAGACUGCCGAAGGAAGCGAAAAAUGCUCCGUCGGGGCUGAGGAAGGCUUCGGAGACUCUGACCGGUCUAGUCUGAUCUGAUCUGAUCUGAUCUGAUCUGAUCUGAUCUGAUCUGAUCGGUGCAAACUAAGCCUUGCCAGGUCGCAUGGCCCGCGAACUCUGCCGGUGCCACCUGGCAAGGCUCGCGAAAACUGGCUUCUGCAGUACAGCAUGGCGAAUGUAUCAUAUAGUAGCUUCAUUGCGGUCGAACCUCGCAGCCUUUGACCGCCUGUGCGCUUUGCUGCUAUCAGUGAUGUUCUUGACGCGUUGUGGGUAGACGUUCAUGGUCGAUUACUCCUACCCAUUCGCUCCGCAUUAUAUUAUAAACCAAUAC